GGCUUUGAAGUUUGAAGCAUGUGAUUCAUAUUUCCACACGCCCCCGACGCCCUAAGUGCUCCCACCGGCCUUCCUCCCUCAAUUUUUCCAAGCCCCAUCGCUUUCUCUCUAUGUCACCAUUUAUUCAAAAUUCGAAGUGAACAAGUAACUGAUCAAAUAAAGCAGGCCCCGUGACACCAAAAAUGCCAAAGUCUUGAGAGGUCGUCUCCCCAAAAAAGAUGAAAAUAAAAGGGAAAAAAAAAGUAAGGCGUAGAAGACCUUUUAUAUAAGGUCCUCCGGGCUCCCAGAAAUUGAAGACUGAUCCUGACCUCUUCUAACUUCGCAAAGAGGUGGGGAGUGAUCGCAGGAUCAGGACGAAGAGUAGGAGAGAGAAGAGGAGAUAUUUCAUAUUUCAGAGAAAAGCUUGGGUUUCUUGUUAAAGGGGGUAGAAUUCAUCCCGGUGCUAAUUUCGUAUUAUACUGUUUUUUAGUACUCCUUUAUGCGACAUCUAUAGAUCGCUUUCGCUCUUUGUUCUUUUCCUCUCUCUCUCUCUACAUUUGAUUCUUUCUUUCUUUCUUUCUCUGUCUGCGGAGCCUUGAGAGACCCGGAGGUGGAAUCCGUCCGUUAGCUUCACUGGGGUCUCCAAUGGCGAACUUGGUCUUGUCGGAGUGCGGCAUCAGGCCUCUUCCUCGAAUCAACAUCCGACCCAGAACCGGAUUCGUGUGUAACAGCCACGCCGGCCGGGCAAAGAUUAGAUUUUCGCAACCAGAAAAGUGGGGAACGGAUCUGAAAAUUCCUUUCUCGAGUAGAGGGAGAGAGUGGGGGCUAAAGGUGAGUGCUCCUUUGAGGGUGGCGACGGUGGAUGGAGAUGAGAGAGGGGAGAGAAUCAGCGGCGUUAAUGGGCUCGGAGACGGCGCCGAUUUCAAUCCCGGGGCGCCGCCUCCGUUCAAGCUUGCCGACAUUCGGGCCGCCAUUCCCAAGCAUUGUUGGGUGAAGGACCCCUGGAAGUCCAUGAGCUAUGUUUUUAGGGACGUCGUUGCGGUUUUUGGGUUAGCGGCGGCGGCUGCUUAUCUGGACACUUGGUUUGUUUGGCCUCUUUAUUGGGCUGCUCAGGGCACCAUGUUCUGGGCUCUCUUUGUUCUCGGCCAUGAUUGCGGCCAUGGAAGUUUCUCAAACAAUCCCAAACUGAACAGUGUGGUUGGGCAUUUGCUGCAUUCUUCAAUUCUUGUGCCUUAUCAUGGAUGGAGAAUUAGUCAUAGGACUCAUCAUCAAAACCAUGGGCAUGUUGAGAAUGAUGAAUCUUGGCACCCACUACCUGAGAAAAUUUACAAGAAUUUGGAUAACAUUACCAAGAUUUUGCGGUUCACAGCACCUUUUCCUAUGCUUGCAUAUCCUGUCUAUCUGUGGGUUAGAAGUCCUGGAAAGACUGGUUCCCACUUCCACCCAAGCAGUGACUUGUUUGUUCCCGCUGAGAGGAAAGAUGUUAUCACUUCCACUGUCUGUUGGGCAGCCAUGGCUGCUUUGCUUGUGGGUUUGUGCUUUGUAAUGGGUCCUGUUCAAAUGCUUAAACUAUAUGGUGUUCCUUACUGGAUUUUUGUUAUGUGGCUGGAUUUUGUGACUUACAUGCACCACCAUGGCCAUGAAGACAAACUUCCUUGGUAUCGUGGCCAGGAAUGGAAUUAUUUAAGGGGAGGGCUCACUACUAUUGAUCGUGAUUACGGAUUAAUCAACAAUAUCCACCAUGAUAUUGGAACCCAUGUGAUACAUCAUCUCUUCCCCCAAAUCCCUCACUACCACUUGAUAGAAGCGACACAGGCAGCUAAACCAGUGCUCGGGAAGUAUUACCGGGAGCCAAAGAAGUCAGGAUUUCUGCCAUUUCAUCUAAUUGGGAGCUUGUUAAGAAGCUUGAAAAAAGAUCGUUAUGUCAGUGACGCUGGGGAUGUUGUGUACUACCAAACUGACCUGCAGCUUAACAAGUCUCCUGAAUCCAAAUGAAGUCUGGAGUCAUUGGCUUGAACAGAUGAAAUCUUUUUAUCCUGAAUCACCUCAAAUACCAAUCUGGCGAUCUGGUAUGUCAAUGGUGGGUAAUUGACACUUAGGUAUUGAAGUUUCGCACUGACAAAAUAGAUGCCUGUUAAAGAUGAUUGCAGCUGCUCCAUCGUCCCUCCCACGAUGAAAACAGAGAGAGGGCAGUUUGAUGUUUGUAGGCUAUAUCCAUACUUGUGCUGUAAUAGUGGAAAUUGUAUAUCUAUUCUUUCCAAAUAAUGAUUACCCCAAUUUUUCUUUAGAAUGAAAUUCCAAAGCAAUGGGAAUUGAAAGGA